AUGGAUUCACCUGACCUCCCUAAUCUUCCAGAAGCACAGCUUUGCUUUGCUUUGGCUAACGAUUCAUGCCCUAGAAAGGAGCGAUCCGCGGCUACAGUGUGUGUCAUGUACCUUCUCAUGACUGGGGCGAUCGUGGUGACGAUGCUGGGAAACACGGUCGUGAUCGUUUCCAUCGUCCACUUCAAGCAGCUCCACUCCCCGACCAACUUCCUCAUCCUCUCCAUGGCCACCACAGACUUCCUGCUGAGCUGUGUGGUCAUGCCCUUCAGCAUGAUCAGGUCCAUCGAGUCCUGCUGGUACUUUGGAGACCUCUUUUGCAAAGUACAUAGCUGCUGUGACAUCACGCUCUGCACCACCUCCAUUUUCCACCUCUGCUUCAUCUCUGUGGACCGCUACUACGCUGUGUGCGACCCUCUGCAUUAUGUCACUAAGGUUACCAUCCCUGUCGUGGGGCUCUUCCUCCUUCUCAGUUGGUCCAUUCCCAUCCUUUUUGCUUUUGGCCUGGUAUUCUCGGAAUUAAACUUAAUCGGCACAGAAGAUCUUGUGGCAGCCAUGGACUGUGCAGGUUUGUGUGUGCUGAUAUUUAACAAGCUCUGGGCGGUGCUUGCCUCCUUCAUAGCUUUCUUUCUGCCUGGGACCGUCAUGGUGGGGAUUUACAUACACAUUUUCACGGUAGCCAGGAGGCAUGCAAGGCAGAUUGGCACAGGUCCUAGGAUGAAAUGGCCUGGCUCGGAGAGCAAAGAGCAAGUGACAUCCAAAAAGGAGAACAAGGCCACCAAGACUUUGAGCAUCGUCCUGGGAGCGUUUGUGUCGUGUUGGCUCCCCUUCUUUGUUUUGACCAUCACAGACCCUUUCAUCGGCUUUACAACCCCUGAAGAUUUGUAUGACGUUUUCCUCUGGCUGGGUUAUUUCAAUUCCACAUUCAAUCCCAUCAUCUACGGCAUGUUUUACCCUUGGUUUCGCAAGGCAUUGAGGCUGAUAGUCACGGGAAUGAUCUUCCGCCCUCAGUCUUCCACCUUAAACCUGUUUCCUGGGCAUCCUUAGA